GAUCAACCCUCAGAUGGAAGGUUGCAGGAACUCGCAGCAAUCCAAUCAACGGCUCGCAACGGCGUCUCACCUCCCUGAGACGGAAGCUCGCAUGCCUUGUCAUCCUCGAGAGUGGACAAACAAGAGCCCAAAGACCCGCCAAGGGAAACAUGGCCGAUCGAGACCUGAUUUCGGCGCCGAUCUACACCGCCGACUUCACCCACAGUACAGAUUGCUUGCACAUGAAUACUCCCAUAGCGCUGUGUAAGAUCGUCGUUAAAAGGCCCAACGUUCCCAAUCCAACGAACCGUACACUAGUACCCCUUACCCCUUACCAACCCCGACCGAGACCAGCCAACUACCUAAACUCCGUCGUCACUUCUCACCAUGCGGUACUCCCUUCUUGUUUCGAGCGGCCUUCUCGCCCUCGCGUCAGCCGCCUCUGUCCCGUCGUCGGAGAGAAAGUCGUAUGAUGGAUACAAGGUCGUUCGCCUAACGGUUGGGGAAGAUGCCGCCAAGGUCCAAGACAUGGUCGACAGACUCGGCCUGGCAACGUGGAUGGGGAAGCCCCGCGCCAAUGCCAACACCGACAUUGUGGUCCCCCCCUCCGUGCUCGGUGCCUUUGAGGCCGAGAUUGCCGGAAUGAAGGCGGUCACCAUGCACAACGACUUGGGUGCAUCCAUUGCCAACGAAGCAACAUUCAGUACCUAUGCUGUCGGGUCCGCCAAUGCUACGUGGUUCGACUCGUACCACAAGUACAGCGAACACUUGCAGUUCCUCGAGGACCUCCAAGCCCAGUAUCCGAACCAGUCGGAGGUGAUUUCGGCUGGAGAGUCGCUCAAGGGUAACGCCAUCACCGGCAUUCACUUCUGGGGCAGUUCCGGCAAGGGCAAGCCCGCCGUUGUGUUCCACGGAACCGUCCACGCGCGGGAAUGGAUCUCCACCAUGGUCGUCGAGUUUCUCGCCUUUAACCUGCUGACCAACUCCGACGAUGCCGAGGUCGCGGGCUUCCUUGACAAAUACGACUUCGUUUUCUUCCCGGUGGUCAACCCUGACGGAUUCAUCUACACGCAGGAGUCAGACCGCAUGUGGCGCAAAAACCGGCAAACCUCUGCCGGUAGUAGCUGCAUCGGCCACGAUAUCAACCGCAACUGGCCCUACAAGUGGGAUACCAGCGGAGGUGCCUCGACCAACCCCUGCGCAGAGGACUUCAAGGGGGAAGCCGAGGGAGAUGCCCCUGAGACUGCCGUGCUGUCGGCGUGGCUGAAGACGACCCAGGCGAACCAGGGCGUGAAGCUCUUUAUCGACUGGCACGCCUACUCGCAGCUGCUAAUGACCCCAUACGGCUACUCCUGCACGGCCCUGGCGCCCAAGAACGACGAGCUGCAGUCCCUCGCCGAGGGCGCCGCCGCCGCCAUCAAGGCCGUCAACGGCCUCGACUUCACCACGGGGCCCAUCUGCUCCACCAUCUACAAGGCCUCGGGCAGCAGCGUCGACUACGUCAACGACGUCACGGGCGCCGAGUACGUCUUCACCGUCGAGCUGCGCGACACGGGCGAGUACGGCUUCGUCCUGCCCGCCGAGCAGAUCGUGCCCAGUGGGGAGGAGGCGUUUGCGGGCGUGAAGUAUAUGCUGGAGAAUAUGAAGUGAGGGGGUGGGGAUGCGUUUUGUUGCUCUCGUGUGUGGGUGUAGCUGGGUG